CGGAAGAGAGAAAAAUAUAAAUUAAUGGAUUCGCAAGCGCAGUUGCAACGUACUCAUGGUCACCAUCAAGCAGAGGAACAGAAUAGGAUUCACCAUCCAGAGGAAGAGGAGCAUCAUGAGAAAGGACCAGCAAAAGUUGUGAAGAAAGCCAAGGAAAAAGCAAAGAAGAUAAAGAAAGCUCUUACCAAACAUGGUCAUGGUCAUGAACAAGAACUCCACGGUGGUGCGCCAGCACGAGGAAAAGGUCACCACAUUUCGGACCCGGUGGAAGAAGAGUUCUUUCCGGACCCUAUGAAAGAGGAGAUAGUGCCUCCAGGCAAGAAGUUUGUUCCGGUCGUGUCCUCUUCCCACAGUACUAAACCGUCUGGCCGCGUAAAAGGAGCUGAAGCUUCGAUCUCCCGUGAUGGAUACGGGAAUAAGGUUAUAUCUAUGGUGACUCCAGUUUACGAGAAGGUCAAAGGGACAGGAGCUAUCGUGAUGAAGAAGCUUCCUUUCUCCGGGCACGGAACCGGUACAAAGAUGGAGAACCAGCAAGGACAAGACAAGGGCAUCUCAGCCAAAGAAUUUUAA